UGCCUCUCUCUGAGACGGAUACUGCCUCAUCUGUGUUGUCAAGACGUACGGUUGUCAGAGGCCAUGAGUAGCAGCUGGGGCGACUGUCUCCAAAACCCAUUGACGUGGAACACCUAAAAUGGGGACAGGAUUUGCUGCCAUGCUGCAAGCUCAGCUCUAAUCACCGCGAAGACACCCAUCCAUUUACCUUGCUCUCUGCUUCUGUUCGGCCCGCUUGCACCUGACCUGUGGCCCAUCCUGAUUUGAAACUGCUGCUUGCUGCCUUCCUCCCUCCAACUCCCUCCUCAUCAUCCUUUUUUGACUGAGGCGACAUCAAACGCUCCUAAUCCACAACCAUGGCCAGCAGACGUGUGUCCUCCCUGCCUCCCACCCUUUUCUUCUCCCUCGCCCUGCCUGCACUGUUGUUCCUCCACCUGCCUGGCGCGGUGGAAGGAGACUGCUGGCUGAUAGAGGGGGAUAAAGGCUACGUUUGGCUGGCUAUCUGCAGUCAGAACCAGCCUCCAUACGAGACCAUCCCCCAGCACAUUAACAGCACGGUUCAUGACCUGAGGCUGAAUGAGAACAAACUCAAGGCUGUGCUCUUUACCUCCAUGUAUCGCUUCACAAACCUGACCGACCUCAAUCUAACCAAGAAUGAGAUCAGCUACAUCGAGGACGGCGCCUUCGCUGGACAGGCCAACCUACAGGUUCUCCAACUGGGCUACAACAAGCUUACCAACCUGACUGAGGGCAUGUUGAGAGGUCUGGGUCGAAUGCAGUGCCUCUUCUUGCAGCACAACCUCAUUGAGGUCAUUGCCACCAACGCCUUCUGGGAGUGCCCCAGCCUCAGCAGCCUGGACUUAUCUUCCAAUAAGUUGGCACGUGUUGACCCGUCUACCUUCACUGUCCUCAACAGGCUCAUGGUGUGUGAACUAGCAGGAAACCCCUUCCACUGUGGCUGUGAACUCUACAGCUUUCUCUCCUGGCUGGAGGCAUUUAACAAUGUCACCCACACUUAUGACCGUCUCCAGUGCGAAACCCCUCUAGAAAUGAAUGGAUAUCCACUUCUGAGCCCUGUCCCCGGACAGGGAAGGAGUGCCCUCUACAAGCUUGUAUCCAAGUGUCACGAAGGUGCGAUAGGGAUGACCUCCCAGAUACCAGAACAAGAUGGCUCAGGAAUGGGUUUAGACAAUCCAGACCAAGGUCUCUACCACCAGCCAACCAUAUUGUCCACUGCUGACCCCACCUAUAACCAUCAGAUUUCUAUUAAGCUUCAAACUGUAUCCCUCUACACAGCCUCGCUAAUGGUACAAAUUCCGCGACCAUACAGUAAGAUGUACAUUCUUUCCCAGUACAACAUCACUUUUGUUGCUGACAUCAUGCCCCUUAAAAACAAGAAGGAAUUAAUCAAUUUGGACAAACUAAAACCACACACCAACUACACAUUUUGUGUAGCUUCUAUGAGCAAGUCUCAGCACUACAACCACACCUGUCUGUCCUUUACCACACGAGCUGUGGGACCAGAGGACCAGCAAACCAAUCCAUCAACAACUACCCACUACAUCAUGACAAUCCUGGGAUGCCUGUUUGGCAUGGUCAUUGUUCUUGGAGUUGUCUAUUACUGCCUCAGACGGAGACGUAUCCAGGAAGAGAAGGAGAAAGCUAUAAGCGUGAAGAAAACUAUUUUGGAGAUGAGGUAUGGCCCAGAGGCAGCUGCGGCAGUGUCCAAUGACCCAGGUGCCAUGCAGCGUCUCCAGGAGCAGUCUCAUCACCAGCACCAUCAUUCAGGAGGGGCAGGAGGCAAGUUGCCCCAGUCGGCCUCCUCCAGCACAGGCAUGCUCCACGGCUCAGCCAACACCAGUUCGUCACGCCUCUCCUCCUUGCCACAGGUGGAGAAAAUGGCCUCUGCCUUCUCUGAGGCAAUGGGUGGCAAGAACAACUACAUGGAUGUGAGAAUGGCGGGAGUGGCAGGAGUGGCAGGAGAAGGCAGGGAGGCAGGGGUGGUCGCUGGAGGAGAAGGGGCAGGAGGGGAUGUAGUUGUGGAUGUGCGAAGUGGGGCUGAGAAUGGGACAGAGGCUGGGGAGGAUUCUGAUGACGAUGGCCGUGGCUCAGCAUCAGAGAUUUCCACCAUCGCCAAGGAGGUAGACAAGGUGAACCAGAUAAUAAACAACUGCAUUGAUGCUCUGAAGCUUGAUGCCUCUGCUAACGUUGUGACCACGGUUGACAAUGCUAGCUCCUCCUCCCAGCCUCCAGCUUCCAUCAUGUCCCUCCCCCGCAACCUCUUGCCCCUUUCUCCAGGUCACCCUGGAGAUCAGAUAAUGGCCUCAUCUCCAAAGGUGCAUCCGAAGUCUCACCCCCACCCCCACCCUCAUCUACAGGCUCAUCUAAUGCCUCAUCCUCAGGUUCAUCCUCAGCAACAUCCUCAGCCACAUCCUCAGAUGCAUCAGCAGCCUCAUCCACCUUCUAUGGCCCCAGUGCCCCUGGUCAUGCCCCUGUCUGAGCGGCCGGGUAUCAGUGGGGGCGGUUUCCUCUCCCCUCCUUACAGGGAUCCACCCCCAGCUAAUGCAGUGCGGCCCCUACAGAGGCAGUUGAGCGCUGACACCGCUGUGGUGAAGAACCGUUGUGGUGCUCCUGCUGCAGGAUCUGUCAAGAGCACAAGGGUGUUCAGUGUGGAUAUCCCUGAGAAGCGUAGCGAUCCUCCCAAGUACCCAACAGAAAAGGGCAGUCCUGUAGGUUGUGGUGGAGGAGGUGGCUGCAACGGGAAUGGGAUGGGAAACGUAAAUGGUGGUGGGGUGAGCGUGAAUGGGGGUGGAGGUGCGGUGGUUGGCCCUGGACUGCAGCAGCACCACUUGGAGGUUCAGCCAGACUACCAUAGCUCUGAGCACCGCCACUCCUUUCCUGCACUCUACUAUGAGGGUGGCAACGACUCACCCUCACCCACCCAAAAGGCCUCAUUCCUCAAGCCACUGGGGCGCACUAAGAGGGAUGCCACAGCCACCUACUCCCAGCUUUCACCCUCUCGUCAUCACAACUACAACUCUGGAUACUCCUCUAGUCCAGAGUAUUCAUCUGAGAGCACACUGCGGAUCUGGGAGAGAUUCCGACCUUACAAGAAAAACCCCAGAGAGGAGGCAUCCUAUAUAGCGGCAGGCCAUGCUCUGCGUAAGAAGGUGCAGUUUGCUAAGGACGAGGACCUUCAUGAUAUUUUGGACUAUUGGAAGGGAGUUUCUGCGCAGCAGAAGCUGUGAGCUGAAGAAGCUAAGGCAAAUGCUGUAAGGGAGAUUGUGAAGAUGGAUGCCAACAGCAGACUAAUGAAGGGAAUAGAUUUUAAUGUAGCAAGACAGAUAAUGAUAUUUCCUCCUAGGUGUCCGCCGACAUGGAUCUGCUGGAUCUAAAGUUAAAGACGUUUUCUCUCUGGGUGAUGUGAUAAUUGAUGAUUAAUAAUAAUUGAUUUAUAUUUAACAUUUAUUGGUGUAAGAUGCAGUCUCUGAGGCUUGCUGCAGCACAAUACUGAAUGAUACUUAACAAGAAUCAAACUGUUCAACAGACUGCCUCAUAGUGGGCACUUUGGUCCCCACAGGCUUCCACAGACCCAAUGAAUACCCACUAUGAGCAAAGCAAAAGGUGGUGAUAAGCAAGUGUCUUCUACCUCAUUACUGGCACACUGUAGCUCAGUUAUCUCACCAGAAGCAGCCCCAUUCAUGACUUAAACCCCACCCCUCUUUUCUCAAAUCCCAUCAAACCACCAUUCACAACACAAUCAUUCAACGGCACCGCCAACACCUGCUCCCCUAUAGAAGCAUCAUUUAGGCAGAUAAUGAGGGAGCAGGAUGAGGAAUUAGUUGCAUUUGUUUUAGACUAGCCUGAGUCUGCCACUUUGGGGGCGGACAUUAAGUGAUACUUAUCGGGCUAAUUCUUCCUGGCAAUUAGCCAGCAUAAGACCUGGUCGGGGAUGCUGCGUGUUGAGCGUGCUUAUCGAUUCGAAACACCUAACUACAUAUGCUCCGUGGUGUGUGGGCAGGUGGGAGAGUAUAGGGUUGGGGUUGAAGCAGAGUCCUCAAUAAUGCUCUGUCUCCUCCACGGCAAUGUGGAGAUGCUUUGCAUAUAGAUAACAAGCCAGUGGGGGACUUUCGUCUGUGUGUUUGUGUGCUUACAUAAAUGUGGGGGUUUGGCCCAACCAUGACGUAAACCCUUUCAAAACCUGCAGGCGUUUUUUGUCUGCUGCCCAUUUCUCAUUUACAGGUGUAGCAUAUUUCUUUUGAUAAGAGAGGCUACAUAGCAGAAUAUUAACAUUUUAAAAGUGCAAGUCGUGCAGAAAUUACUUUUGGUCGGGUUAUGCAGGUCAGCAAAAGACAGGUGUCGGCUGCUAUAUUUAAGAACCCAGUAAUCACAUUUAGUCAUGAAUGCAGAUUGAGAGCAGGUUAAGGGUUUACCGUAGCUGCAUCCCAUUUUGAACAUGCCAGUACUGAGGAGACACGGUGGAGUAUUUUCAGGUGGAGACAGAUCAGCUCAAGGCAAGGCAGCAUGAAAAAAUAUAUAAAAAUAAAAUAUGUCAAAUCCCCCCUUCACAACAGUGAGUUAAAAUGGAAGGUAAGAGGAAGGGAAGGCCUGAGGGAUAUGCUCUGCCUUAGUCUGGAUUACUCAGUUUAUAUGACCCUGAACUGCUCUGGGUGGGAGCUUGCUAUGGACCAAAGUGCCCUCGGGAGGUUGGAUUCCGUGAGUUUCUAUUCCAUUUAUCAUAAAUGCUGUUCUGUUCUGAUUUUAUUAAUGGACAGUAAGGUAAUACCAAUGGGCAAGUUUUUUCUUUAUUUGUUUUAAGAAUUGGAUUUGAAUUUAUGUUAUAAUCUGUUGACACAAAGAGGAGCAAGGCUUAGUAAUACUGCAGAAAUGACAGAAAGCUUAUACACACAAUGCUGAUAGUUGUAAUUUAACAAAUCCUUACAAAUCCAUAUAAAUUAUCUGAAAGCUCUUUGCCUUGCAUCGACAUACACGCAUAUGAAUGUUGCCCGGCUCUCUUUAUUUGUUUUCUGCCCACUCUUCCUAUCCUGGCUGCUGGCAUCCUGACCUCUCCUUCUUCUGCUAUGAUACCUCUCAAUCGACACGGUAUCAAAUUCUGUUUUAAAAUCACCUUAAUUAAUUCAUUCCCCUCUGUUUCUUUUUCCAUGCCCGCGACCUCUGUCCAACUUAAUGGGGUAAAUUAAUGAGUAAUUUGUGGAGGUUGAUGUCGUAUCAUCAUCUGAGGUCAGGAGAGCGUGCUGAUAUUAUUAACUCUGCCAGACUGGGGGCCUGAUUGAAAUUAAUGACGGCUGCCUUUGUCCGCCUAUCUGUCUUUCUGUCCCUGCCUCCCCCGUCAGAUGCGUGUUACACCUCUCUCUCGGUGUUGCCUCUAACUGCUGCAGACAGAAAUGGUCCUAAAACUGUCUGGAAAAACUAUGGUUUAGAUUUAUGCUUUCACCGUGACAGUGCAAGUUAUGAACAGGACAAGGUGAGCUAGUCUGGGACCAAACCACCUCCUGGGUGUUUUUCUUUGUCUUUUGAGUCUGAUUGGUGAGGAAGGACCAGUCUGUCAGGCCUGGAAAUUAUGCAUUGUUAUGUGAUUUUCCUCUGGCUUAACCCUGAUAUCAUCAUCUUGACAGGGCUGGAAUUCGCCUGUUGUUUUGGAAUUGUGAGUUUUUAUGGGGAAAGUGAGACCAGAGGGUGGCAUAAACUCUUUAGCGUAUAAAGAUCACUGUCUAAAGAAUCCGCUGUAUUCAGAAGGUCAACUAGUCAGUUAUACAUCAGAUGUGAAACAAACAAAUGUGGAAAAAGAUUGCCUUCUGUCUGCCAUUUAUUUUAGAAAAACAUUUUUUAAUUGUGAAAUUUAGCUUCUUGAGCACACCAAACAAAAUAUACCUCACCUCCCAAGUUAUUGGUGUGUUAUCAGAAAUGUCAGAUGGAAAAAACUGAACAGCCAGAUAUGUCGUGGGCUCAACAAGACAAUUUGUGUUGUUACGUACGUGAACCAACCAUUUAAUUAAGCUCUAAUGAAAAGCGUUGUUUUAUUCUCCCAAACUACCACCUCUUUUUGCUUUUGGCAUUCAAUUGUGUUUCAUAUUGAGUAACGGCUUUCCCUCUGACCUCUCUAUGUCAUCCGUGGCAGCCAAUCCAAUAACCCCACUAGCAUUCACAAUGGGAUGUCAAAGGCAUGUCAUUACUCUGCUAUCAGAUCAAUAGAACUUAAUUUGGGCAGGUGGGACCAAAUAAAAAAAAAAAACAGAGCAAAUUCCCUUGGGGCGCUCACUUGGACAGCCUCCAUUUUUAUAAAGCUCCCCGUUUUUCUAUUUUGGCCUUUGGUUGCAAUUCCACUGACAGCUCCCAACUGUGUUGGGUCCAAGGAAUCACCAGUCAAUUAUUUUUAGAUUAGUACCACGGGCUAUGCAGGGGGAGAAACUUUUUAAAAAUGAUGACUUAAUUUGUAUAGAACAGGGGGCAGAAUCGAGCUGAGGUUACCUGCAUAUACCCUGAAGGCUUUUAUCUAGAUGUAAGGAAAAACAUUAGCUCAAUUAUUCAUAAGUACAGUGUGCACAAUAAUUGCCAUAAUUUACACCAGGGAAAAUUGCUCUUUUCUGUCCUACAGUCCCGUGUUCUUCAUGAUUUUAUUUAGAUCCAUAUAAUUGUCCUUUAUUGGGUUGUUCUUCAAACAGACUUUAUUUGACUUUAUUCUAACAUACUACGAAUAUAAUACAUUCCAGCGAACAUGCAGUCCAAACAUGUUGGCCAAGCCUUGCUCCUCUUUCUCAGUAAACACCCUUACCGUCCACAAUAUGUAUUCAUCCAUAGCAGUUAUUUUCAUUUGACAGCUCAGUUUCUUGAUCUCUCCUUCCCUUCCAAUGAGGGGUGUCGGACUCCAGUCUUCAGGGGCCAGAAUCGACAAGCUGAGACGGACACAUGUACAGAAUACUGUACCUUAGGGAUGGCCAACAAGUCUUCCCUCGAGUCCGGCCAAUUUACAACAAUGAUGAAUCAUUGUGAAGCACUCGCUGACAGUCUAGGAGAGAAAAAAAAUAGCAGGAACACUUGGGACAGGAACAACUUGUGGCAGUUCCUGAGGAUUCGAGUCACACCCCUUCGGCCCAGAGCUGUGAAUCCUAGAAGUACCUUGGAAUUGGAGCGCAGGCAUUGUGUCUGGUCUGACCGAAUCCCUUUUUGUUUUCCCAAAUAUGGGGUCACAAAGAGUUAAUGUACUAAUCUUAAAAUCAAGAUACGUCUUUGUGAUGGAUAGGUACUUUGGAUGGAACAGCUCUAGCGAAUAAGCAACAAGCAUUUUUAUCAAUCUGCGAGCCAGAAGGAUAAUUUCUAUAUGCCUUGGAGUAAUUCAUGGGGUUUUACAAUGUUUUAGACAAUUUUGCCGGCUGCCGCGGGGACUCAUUGCUGCACAAGUUUUGGUUUCUCAUUUCAGUUUUGUAGGCUUUUGAAGUUUGGGCUUAUUGAAAAACACAAAUCAAUAGUCAUGUAAAAUAAUGGAACAGCCAUCCUGAUUGCCUCCCUUUGGAGUUGCAGUUGCUCUCAGAGUGAACCUCUGGCAGAGACACUGUAGACUUGCAAUGGUUCCCCGAGAAUGGCAGUGAGGUCUCUCUGCUCCUGUUUAAUUAAACUUUUUUUUUGUAAUCCAUACAAGGUCUGCAGUGGAAACAUGGCCUUUGUAUUAAUGUUGUAAACAUUAAAACAUUGUAAGGACAGAGGCUUCACAGCUGCAGGAGUAAACCCAGAAGCAUUCCUCUUCCUAUGCCCCUUCCUCCUUCACCAUUAACAAGCUAAUGGACCAGGAGAACUAGUGCUGUAAACAUAUCUUUUUUCUCACUUCUCCUUGAAUUUGAUAUCAGUAUAGGAAACAGGGGUCUUGGGACAGAUGUUAUGCGAUGAUGAGAAUUCAGCGAAACGUUCCUGGAAUUUAAUCUCCAACUUUUCCCAUAUACAGAUACAUUCGUCCACUCUUACAAAAGUGUGCAUUCUGCCAAAUAGAAAAAAUAUAUUUACGUUGUAAACAUGUGAAAUAUUAUACCUUUUUACAUCAGAUACAUUUCAGAAGCUGCAGUUUGGUGCAAUUUGAAAGAAAAGUAUUUCUGUGCUAUAGUGUGACAGGGUGGGACAGUUCUGUUUUCCGCUCUAGGGCUAAACAGAGCAAGCCAGGGCUUAAUGCACAUCUCAUUUCUGCCACUUUCUCUCACAAUCGUCAGUCAACUAAUUGUUGAGCAUAUUAUUCCAAAUAUGGUACAUGGCCUUUUGAUUUGGACUAUACGUUGGAGAUAUUCUUCUGUUGGGCUGUGGUGAAUCUUGAUAGGCAGAGCCAAACGACCUUCAUCUCAGGAUGUAUAGAAAUGUUGUCUCCUGGGGCUCACUCCACCGCCACAAUGUGAAUCGUAAUUACUCAGAUCACUUGAUUGACGGAAGGUUGCUGGAGGCAAAACGACGAGUCGCGUUGGAAAGGCUCAUCUUGGAGCACAAGAAUCCCCACCUACAAAAGCAAGUUAAAAGUGGAGCACAAUGGACCAAGCAAGACAUUAUAGAGAAGGGUGUUGAAUAUAAUGGCUAGUUUUGCUUUCUGUUAGCAUUCAUGCCUUGGCCAUACGUUAAUUAUUUGUCAUUGCCUACUUCUGCCAAGGAACCUAUAUUUUCACUUCUUUUCCUUUUUCUGUGACUAUUAUUUGGUCGGAAAUGCCAGAAAAAAAUCAAGAACGAUCGGGCAAUUUCCCCAAAAUGUCUUAAUAUUGAGAUUUAAAAAAAUAUCUAAUCUACUGAAUUACUGAAUGACAUACACUGUGAGAUGAGUUCCACGUCAAUCAUUAGAUAUAUAUUUUGCUGCAGAUUUUGGUCCAGAAAGUAUUUCAGGUUUUUCUGUUCUUAAAAUACUAGAAUUUUGAGUUUUUACACAGCCUUGGCAGAGGUGUGCGCUCACUACGGUAUGUAAAACUUUAAUUUAGACUAUAACCCCUGAAGCUCUCUUGCUAGUUGGCUCUACCUAAGAAAUUCAUGUUUUUAUUUUUCCCUUCAAAGAUGCUCUUCCCAUUCACCACUACGCACUGGAUUCAACUCCUAACCCCGACAUGCUUUUCUUUGAGGUCGGUCACGUUGACCAUGGCCCUGGCUGUUCUUUUUCUGGCUCUAAAGAGGAAGCAGGACUGCGAGGGUUUCUUUUCUGCAAACAGUUUUUGUCUGUCUGCUGUUGAGGCUGAUUGGUUAUUAAUCUGUUGAUUCCUCUGUGGGGUUGAUCCAUUGACUCAUCGUCGACCAAAUGAGGAAAGACUAAAGGGGGAGGGAGGUUUCCUUGUGAAACGAACACACAACUAAAGUGGAGGAUUAUCUACCGGUGGCCAACUGUGACAAACACACACACACACACACACACACACACACACACACACAAACACUAAUGUAGAGAAUCAAUGAAUAUACUGUAUGUGUUUGAAUAGAUUAGAUUUACACUAUAUUGACAUGACAUGUGAGAACACACAUACAACAUACACCUUCCCACGCAUAACUUUUCGAUAUAGCCACACACACACACACACACACACACACACAAACACCUUCCCACACACAAAACAUACCAUAUUCACACAUGCCUACACAAAAUAUGGACUGAAUAUUUCUAUCCACGUUUACAAACGAUCUUUGAAAAGUGCCCAAACGGCGAGUUUUAUGCGCAGGCGGAGUGGAACCAAACAUCUGUAGAAAUAAACAGCCUUUGUGUCUUUUUUAAAAUUUUAAUUAUGCGAUUACUUCUUUGUAUUAUUGAUGCAUUCUUUUUAUAGUGUGACAGUUUCUCCUGUUUUUUUUUUUUCUUCUUCUCUGUGUGUGUUGGAAUGAAACUGCAUAUUGUGAAUGUCACACUGAGAGACUUUCUCAUGGCUCCUUCUGAUCUGUGGGACUUCACGCCUGUGCGACCGCGUUCUUGUGACUGUAAUUUCCGCGCGACCGAAGAAAGCCUUUCACGUUGAGCAGCCCUCGUUGGAUAAACAGAUUGAACUGAGAGCACAAUUUUCAAUCAACCAUUAAUAAUGUUAAUAGGUAGGAUUGCAUUCAUUGCAGUAGUUUUUAGAGAGGAGAAUUUCAGACCAACCUUUUUUUUUUGUCUUCAGCUUUUGUGAUACAGGGACAUCCAUGCAAACACACACACACGCACACACACGCCCUGAGAGCUGUGUUGAAGGGCUGAUAAUAUGCCUGUCACACUGGAGCUGUUGUCACCACUGGCCUUUUCAAGGCCCUUGUUUCUCAGUCCCUCUCGAGGAGAGACGGGGGGAAGAACAGCAGGACGGUCUGAGUGUGUCCUUUUUGGGGAGAUUGAACUGGCGCUGCCGCACAAAUUAGUAUCGUCCUUUGCGUGUGUGUGUACAUUUUUUUCUGCUUCCAAACGACCUGCUGUGUCUGGCAAUGCGGCUCUGCUUGAGUGCGUCCUCAACAUGAGACCGGGUAGCAUCCGUAACGGUGUGUGUGUGUGUGUGUGUGUGUGUCGGAGGGAUUUCGUUAUGAAGCCCUGUUCUGUCGAGGGAGUGACGGCUGAGGCUGGGUAUCUAAAGCUGUUUUAAUUAAUCUGCCUCUCAGUCUUCAGGGCUCUACAAUGAGGCCAGGCUUGUUCACUCGCUCGCUGUCACUCACACACACACACACACACACUCUCUCUCUCUCUCUCGCUCUGACACACAAGUGUAGAUUGUAAUUGCACGCCGCCCAGUUUCAUUCACACUUCCUGUAAAAUUUCAAGCGCGCGCUCGGAAUGCAAAUAAUCGGCCAAACGCGCAGACUUCAUGUCUCGCAGCGACGCCAGCGGUGGCAACACAUUCCCCCCUCUGCACACACACACACACACACACACACACACACACACACACACACACACACACACUAUUCACCAAUGCAUUGUCUCUUACACCGUGCCACAUUUGCACGCUCAUUCAUGCACGCACCACAAACGGAGUGGUCGCACACAGCCAGCGCUCCUCCACACACAUCACCGCCAUCGCUUCAAUCUCCUGGUUGAGUGAGUUCCCUUUUCCUCUAACCUUCCACCCCUCCUGCCCCCCCCUGUUGCCCGAUGAGCAUCAACACAGCAGGAUGGCAUGGCACUCCGACAACUGGCGUGGCGCGCCAGAGGCCCCCGGCCCCCUGCCCCAAAGGCAGCAGGGGCCAAAGUAAGUGUCGCCUGACCCCACACAGAGCUGGGUUAAGUAAAGGGGAUUGGAUUUUUUCCGGCUCUGGUGUCGCAGGGACGCCAUCGCAGUUUGUUUAGCGACUUUGGACUCGGUGAGGCGAGAGAAGGAAAAAGAAAGUGCUGUAUUGUGAGACAUAAAAAUCCCAACAGAGAAAACGGAGAGAGUUCAGAGAAGCUUAUCUAGUUCCAUGAGACGCGGACGUCAGUCCACGAGUCUGUGCCACCGGACGGUCUGCUGGUCAUCUUCAUCUCCCGCUGGUUAAUCCCUUUGUGUGAAUGACCUUGACGCCGUCAGCGGCGCUGCAAAAGAGAGGUCAGGGCAGCGCGCAGACCGUCGGCAGCUCGACCGGCUGGCUGGGAGCUGACUGUCAGAUAUAUCCCUUGAGCAAGGCACCGACGCUGAAAACAUCCUUUGGUCAGAGUGUGGCUUGCAGCAAUGUGCGAGUCUGUCGAUGACCGUCGACUUUCCCGCUCUACUAUUGAAGACAUGUAUUAUUAAAAGCAGGUCACUAAUGCAUAGUUUCAUGUUAGUUAAAGUUAAAUCAUUUCCUAAAACCGCAAAUGUUUCUCAUAUACGAGUGAAAAAGGUUAAGGCCUAACUCGAGCGGCUGUAGUAUUAGACAGGACUUUCACAAUCUUAACCACAUGUAACCCUGACGACGAAGGCUGCAUAACCUUAGGGAAGUAACUCAAACCAGGAUCUUCUCCUUAAACACAGGACAGAAAUAGCCAAUAAUAAAUUCAGCAUAAUGUACAUUUUUACAGCAGUACAACAACGUGUACAGAACUCUGGUUAUAUUUGACCUGUAGAUAUGGUUAUAAGUAGUAGGUCAACUCUGAUUAGCUUCAAGUACUAUUUAGGACAAGAUGUAUUCAGAUAUGAAAGACCAGUUCAAAUGCAUUUCAGUAAUCGUACGUCAAUUUCAUUCUUGUCUCUUUCGCUGAGUAACAGCAUCUUGCUUGUUAGUGUCGGUUAAAGCACGGAGCCACUGUUAGCUGGAGGGGGUAUGUCCAUAUGGUGGAAAACUUCAGUGACAUCCCAAAAUACCGGCACAAAGAGAGAAGUAUCCAAUUUUGUCUGUCAUCCAGCACGGCGCAUUAAAACACUCACAACAGCGGAGAAAACUCCUCGUUCCUUGAAGCGUCACUUGAAUAACAAUUGCUCGGCAAUUACUAGAACCGGAGCAGGAUCUGAGGGGGAAAUGCUUUCACGCUUUUUUGCCUCGGUCCUUGGGGGCGAGCAUCGCCGCGAAAUUCAAUAAAAUGCAUUCCAAAAUGAAAGAGCGAGGCAAGUGGAAAAGCGGCGACAGGCCCAGCAGUUUGUCCUGAGAUGGUGGGAGGCAGGUUGUGACAGUCCUGUACAGUUUUGCGCUGGAUUUCGUGCAUCUGUAUCUUCAGUGGCCCACUUCUACUACCACUACGGAUAUUUACUUUGUGUCUCCAUUUCUUGGUGCAUUUCUCUUUCCUGACACCCGGCUCAUCUUCUUCUACAUCAGUCAGCAGUUCCCUGCAGGGUCACUUUGCACUCGCAUUCAUCGGGUCCCCACAAUGAGCGUCGGAGGAAGCAGCAAACAACAGAAGACGCUACUCUCAUGACUAACCUCCAACUCUAACCCCAGCUUUCUAUGAUCCAUAGUUGCUGCUUCAUUUCGAGCGGCCGUAGUAAUUUGGACGGGAGAAAUGGAGGAUGAGUUAGACCUUUUUAUGUAGGGCGGCAAAAGACAGGACUUUCACAAUCUCAACCACAUGUAACCAUGACGACGAAGGCUGCAUAACCUUAGGGAAGCCAACAUAAGAGCGAGAGUUUCCGACUUCCAUCCCCAAAAGAGUGCUACAAUAUCUCUUUUCUAUCAUAGAUUUCCCCCCAUAUGGUUUCCCACCCAGGAUAUUUUGUCAGCAAAUGGUUAUUGAAUGUACAGGCGUGAUCAAUCAAUCGAUCCAUUACUCUCAUCUGAUGAGCUCAGUCUGACAGAUCUAACCCACAAGAUCAAGUUCGUCACCAUGCGAUGGCCAAAACAGCUGCCACACUCGCAAGAUGUACAACCUUUGUCGCCUUUGCUCGUUUUUACUAAACAAAUGAAAUUUUACCAAUGAGUAAUAAUUAAUUUUGACAUGGAAGAUUAAAUUGCACACAAGGAGAAAUCCCUCCUCGGUUAGAAAUCGGCGCAGAAAUGCAGCUUUUGAGCGCUGAUGCAAAAUGGCAGCUCUUAAAAAACCUGUUAUAAUACAGUCGCUGACCCCGAACCUGACAUUUGCUCUUCACAUUUAACAAUCAAUAAUUAUUGUUCAUGUUAACGUAUAGCUGAAAUAUCAUAACAUCGUAUCUGCUGAUCAAACCAUUGAUCUUUCUUCUUUUAACUUCUGGCGUACCUCCACGGCGCCCGUGGGUCAGCGGUUCGGUGCGACGCCGUGCCGGGGGCCCAUAGGUUGCCAAGCAAUCGAUUGCAGGCAGCAGCAGUGGUUGCCGGGGGGGGGCGACGGGCGGAACAGUCACGGUUGCUAGGUAGCAGAUAAGAACCCAGGCUUUCAUUAAUUGCCUUCUGACACUGUGGCAGACAAGGAGCAUGGAGGGUGGAUGUUGCCACGUGACGCAGGCAAGCACAAACGUUAGUUACACCUAUACAUGUACAGUGUAUGUUUACCUACGGGCACAUCUGAUAAUUCAACGACCUUUGUGCAACGGCAUCUAUCAGCAGGACGACAUGAGAGGAAGGAUAGGAUCGGCGGGAGGGAGCGACAGAGAGGACGACAACAGGGAGGGGCUACAUUGAGAGAUUGCAUGAUAAUGGAGUUUUAUUUUUAAUUAGAUCUUGGCUCUCGUGAGACGGGAGUGUGACGCAGCGUCCUCCUGAACACAACACGCUGCGCAGGCAUCAUAUCCAUCACUGUCACACACACACACACACACACACACACACACACACAAAGAAAAUCGUACACAAAAUGUGAAAUUUACAUCUGCGUGGUGGCGACCGGUCUGGACAGCCGUGAAAAUGUCGGAUUCGAAACCUCAAACAGAGAAAAAAACAUCAAAAAAAUUCCCCUGCCCGAGGGGGAGUACUGUCUGUAUUGGAAAUCUGUUUUCCGUGCAGGGGAAACAUGAACGUCAUCGCGGUUACAGUUGACGGCUAAUUUGGACGAGUUUUUAAAAAGUAAAUUGCAGCCUCGGGACGGCGAUGUCAUCCCCGUCAGCUUGCGGCCCGAGACGCCAUCUGCACGUCGCUGUGAAAAGCCGAGCUCUGAGUCGUUUUACUUGAGACGAGACAAUUCGCUUGCGAGUGAAAAAACUCGCUGCCGCUCUUUACUUGUACAGAGCUCUGAUGUGAGAGAGCUGGCUCAUUAAACGGGCAGCGGUAAACAUCCGUCGUCUCCUAUAUCCCCAUAUUUUGUGAAACGCAGCCAGAUUAAAUGGGCAACUGUCUCUUUCUGUCCGCCCCCCCCCCCAACCCUCCAAUGUAUAAACCUGCCUGAUUAAACGGAAAGCAAUAUACUGGCGAGUCUCUCAUGUGUAAACCACCUGAUUAAAAGUGGAUUACUAUGCACCUGUCUCUUUAACUUCUCCUCCUGCAUUUUACUCAGGAUCAGGUGUCGGGGUUUUCCUGAGCUCGUUGGCCUCAGUCUACCACCCGACUUUACCCUGACAACUGAGCCGCUCUCCUGACGUCGGUCCGCGGCGUCGCUUAUUAAAGAUACAGUUGUCUCGCGCGCGGCCCCGCAGUGUUACUUUGUGGCCUCGUAAGAGCUCAAUAAAACCUUUUAGCUUGAGCUCAGAGGGGAGGACUGUUAAGCCCCCAAGACUCGUGUUCUCGGCUUACGGACGGAGGAUGGCGGAGUGUGAGUGUGUCGAGCGCGUUGAGUACCAGUACACCAGCGCACGCCGGCGAAUGCUGUUAAAUGCUGUUAGGCUGUCGCCUUCGUCCACCGACUUCCUGGAACUCGAUCUUCUUCUCACCUCAUUUGCAGCCAAUUCCGACACUUACUGCUGCAGAGUCUGCGAUUGCUAGUAUGACUGUAGUCAGGAUCGAGUCCAGAAGAAAAAAGAAAAACAGAGGGAAGAGGGAAAUUAAAAGGACAGAAGCCACAGAGAGUGUGGGAUAGGCCGAGAGGAAGAGACGGAGAGAAGAGGCUUUUAGACUGAAACUAUGACGAGAGAAUGAAAUUAGAUUAAGGUAAAGGCACAGAGCGUCUGCUGACGGAAGGUUGAGAGCAAGAGAGAAAGCUGAAAAGCAAAGUGGAUGAUAAUGAAAGUAUGCUUGGAACCUUUGUGUCCAAAAGUGUGGAUAUAAGUGUCAUGUAACCAAGUCUACCCACGUCCAGACGAGCGUUUUAUCUCCGAAUCAGCAGUAAUCUCCGUCCAUACUGACAACUCUCGACCAGUCACGUAGACUGGGCAUGUGCGUGCCGCUGUAAACGGGAAGCAUUGAUUGUCUACUCUGCAGUUGGUGGCUAAGCAACAGAAAGUAUUGAUAACGGGAAACAUCAAUGGUGAAAAGUGAGAGCCGGGAUUUCUGUUCUUCAACAAACGACGCGGUGGAACUGUUAUUGUGACAGUGUCUGCAACGGUUUCACAUCCACCAAAACUGGACUAGCGGUGAUACCAAACUUCUCCAUUUUAGGUGCUCAACUGGAUGGCAGGUGUAAACGUCGCAGCGGUGAUAAGUUUUAAAACUAAAACAUAGUCGUAUGGAUGUAACCGAAAGGCAAAAGUGGUCAUACUGGAUUGAACAAAACGAGGAUAAUGGGGCACACAAUUGGAGGGUCUCUCGUCAGAGGCAUGAGCGCUGAUACACUCAUUUCCAGACUGGGCAAGAGCCUGAAAGUACUUGAUGGAUUGUUGAGCUUGGAAAGGGGUGGCGGGGCUCCAUGAUCCAACAAGCAGCGGGGCCAUUAGUUUAGAUCAAAGACAACAAACACAGGAGGUUCUUUACAUCCUGAAGGCAACGGGAAGGGGGAGAUGAAGGAUACGAAAGUGAUGGGGAAGAAGAAAUGAAGAGGUGACGACAAAGGAGUAGCUGAGAGAACAGGAUAGUUUGAUAGACACAGGAGAGCGGGGGGGGGGAAGCGUAGCUGAGGAGGAUAGAAUGAUUGCAAAGGCAGAUAUUUGGAGAGCAGCGUCAGAGUCGAGGCUGCUCGCUUGGAAAUUGGUCUUUUGAAAGAUAAGGGAGGUAGAGAUAGUGAAGGAGAGCGCCGAAGGAGAUGACUUGUUGGAUAUCUGUUUAGAGAUCAUUACUGACAGGAAAGUAGGCAAACACGGGGUUCUUGAAAGCUGCGUGAACAAAGACUUUUGAACAAGAAGGUGGCGGAGCACCAAAAAAAAAAAAGGGUAUCAUUUAU